AGAGAAAAUAAGUACGAAAAUUUCCUAUUUUUUGAGUGUAGAUGACAAGAGAGAAAAAUCCCCUUUUCUAUUGAGCUAGCUAGGCCUUAUCCGAUCGGUUCGGUCGGUCUUCGUAUAGUCUGAUCGUACACCGAGAAAAAGAGAGAAAGAGAACGAGAUUUGACGCUCGAAUUGGCUCUUGUUUGUUCGUUAACGAGCAUUUGCUUGGAUUUUUUGUCUCGUUUUCAUUGGCAGUUAGAAAACCAUUUCUCCUGCUGGUCUCAAUCUACACUGUUGUUUAUCGUGUCCAUCGUGAACAACAGCUUCUUCACGAGGCCACAUUGUGUUCGAUUGUGACAGAUAUACACAAUCGAGUUUAAAGCUAUCCUUUGUCUUGACGGCUGCAUUGGGUUUGAUAUACCACACUGAGCAUUCAAACAAAUUCUGGAACCUAAAGUUUCAUAUGAUGUGAUGGUAUCGAAUGCUCAAACAUCACAUCAUCAUCAUCAUCAUCAUCGUUCAUCAUCAUCACCAUCAAUCACAUUUGAAUUCUCAUCAUCAGCAAUGUUAUCAGCGGCAGCAGCUGCUGCUGCUGCCCAAUCUUAUUAUGCAUUAGCGGCGGUUGCUUCGUCUACGACGAACAAUCCAGCAAUUGCAGGGACGUCAACAAAUUCGAUUCCAGGUCCAAUGACCACAACUCCACUUCUUGUGCAUCAUCCUGAUUAUCAUCAGCAUCAUCAUCAAAAUAACAACAACAACCAUCAUUCUGUCCAUUCAUCGUUUGGUCAAAAUACCAAUAAUCAUCACAUAAUCCGUGGUGGAUACCAUCACCAUAAUCUGGUCAACAACAACCAUAUUCAUGAUUCAUCAGCGGCCUCACAAAUUCAUCCCCAAGUGAACAACAAUGGCCACCAUCAUUCAAAUGGUAACAAUAAUGGUAGCGUUGUCGAUUUACCACCGGAUCGACCUAUCGGUUAUGGAGCAUUUGGUGUUGUUUGGUCAGUCACUGAUCCUCGAGACGGUAAGCGUGUAGCUUUAAAGAAGAUGCCAAAUGUAUUUCAAAAUCUUAUAUCGAGUAAACGCGUGUUUCGUGAGAUCAAGAUGUUAUCAUUCUUCAAGCAUGACAAUGUACUGUCUGCAUUGGAUAUACUUCAGCCGCCUCUGAUAAAUUUCUUCCAAGAAAUUUAUGUUAUCACUGAGCUAAUGGAAAGCGAUCUACACAAGAUUAUUGUCUCAUCACAACCUUUAACUCCUGACCAUAUCAAAGUGUUCCUCUAUCAAAUGCUUCGUGGCCUGAAAUACCUACAUUCGGCUAAGAUUUUACAUCGUGAUAUUAAACCAGGCAAUCUACUUGUCAACAGUAAUUGUUUGCUCAAGAUUUGUGAUUUCGGUUUGGCACGCGUCGAAGAGAAUGAUCGUUCUCGCAAAAUGACACAAGAAGUGGUUACGCAAUACUAUCGGGCACCGGAACUGUUGAUGGGAGCCAAAUACUAUCAUGAAGCUAUCGAUAUGUGGUCUAUCGGCUGUAUAUUUGCCGAACUAUUGGGUCGACGAAUUCUGUUCCAAGCUCAGACACCGAUACAGCAGCUAGAAUUGAUCACUGAUCUUUUGGGCACGCCAUCGUUGGAUGAUAUGCGUUACGCUUGUGAAGCCGCUCGACUUCAUGUACUACGACAACCGAUAAAAUUACAUCGUCUGAGCUCAUUGACCAAACUGUCUAAUCACGCCAACAACGAAACCAUACACCUACUUUGUCAAAUGCUCACCUUUAAUCCGGACAAACGCAUUAAUUCAACCACAGCGUUAAACCAUCCCUAUUUAUCCGAAGGUCGAGCACGUUACCAUUCGUGUAUGUGCAAAUGUUGUUACACCGUUAAUGGUGAUACACGUAGAUUCUGCAACGAUCUUGAGCCCAUUUCUCCUCAUCCAUUCGACAACUCAUUCGAAAAAGAAUUGACAUCCGUUCAAAUCGUGAAAGAACGUCUGCACAAAGAGAUUAUGCAACGAUGUUUAGCAUCGAAUCAGGUGCCUCUUUGUAUCAAUCCAUUAUCAGCUUCAUUUAAAAACUUUGCCAGUUCAACCGUUGCUCAUCCAUCGGAAUUACCACCGUCACCCCAUUGCUGGGAAUGACUUUGACAAAAUUUAGUUUAAUUACAAUUGUCGCCGUAUCAACUCCUAACCCAUCGAUUGUGAUUGAAGAGGCCAUUUAACCGCUUCCAUCCGUCCAAAACAAGUUAUAUGUGAUUACUUUCUUUCUUCAUUAAUUCUCAAAUUGAUCAAACGUUUGUGUAAAACCAAUGGAUACCUUUAUUGGCCCAUUGCUCUCACACACGAUCUCUAUGCUUCUUUUUGGGUGCUCACAAAAUAGACCCAAUAGUUUUUGGAGAAUUUGUCGAUUGUCCUUCAUAUCAGGUGCCUCGAAUAUAAUUUUUAUAACUUCUUGACCAGAAUCGGUCGGAUAUUCAAUUUGAUCUCGAUAAAUCAUUCAUUAUCUGUAUACACUACACUGCCUAACAAACUCCUGUAUCCUCCUCAUCCAUUCAUUCAUUUAUUGAUUGGAUUGAUCGCUCAAACAAUGAUUCAUUCAUAAUAAUUAUAAUUAAAA